AUGUCGUAUUCGUUCUCCAUAUCAUACAAUAAUGUGACUAAGAAAGUUACCUGUCCAGCUUCGUCAACCAUCAACAACCUUGUAUCUCUAGCAAGCGAAAAAUUCAAACUAGACAAAGCAACCAAUGCUUGUUUGACUUUUAAAGGAAAGAAGCUUGAUGGAAUGCUUUCCAUCCGUUUGGCUAAUCUCUCGAACAACGCCAAAUUGGACAUGGUGAAGGUGGACCUGGCACAAAUUGUCAACCUUAGGAUCAAUUCAUCUUUCUACGGCAAGCAAAAUUCUCAAAUCAUGCGUGUUAGUCCAUCAAUUACCGUGGCUGCCUUGAUGGACCAGUUUUUGGACAAAUGCGGCGAGAAGAUGAAUUGGGCUAAUUCGAAUGUCGAUUUGUCGGUCAUGCAGAAUGGAAUAAGCAACCAGUCCUCUGAUUUUGCAAGUAUCUCGGUCGGAUCUUUGAUUGGAACGGCUGCCAGUGCUUCGCUUCGGUUAACCAUAGAGGAUAAGGAGGCUACGAGAAUAAAACAAAACCUACACAAAGAACAGGAAAUUGUUAGACGAGAAGCCGAAUACCAGAAAUUAGAAUCUGCGAUGCAUUCAAAAAAACUCAAACAAGAACAGAUAGAGAAACCCAAGGAAGAGGAGACUCAAUCAUCGGAGACCCCCGAGGUGUCUAGAAAGAAGAAUCUCACGAAUGACGCAGUCGAGAAUAAGGAGAAACUAACCAAACAGAUUAUUUCUCACCUGUAUGCUACCUCAAGUGAAGAUAGACCUCCUGUCUAUGAGAAACACCAAAAGCAAGGAAGGGCCCCAAACGAAGAAAUUGACGAGUGGCAACCCCCAAAAGAAAGUGAAGAUACCCUCUACAAUCCUAGCCAUCAUGUUGAAAUCUACGAAAACCCGGAUGACGACUACAAUGUCACCACCAAUCAUGCUGAAAAGUAUCUAAGAAUGCUCCAGGCUAGGCAAAAACCUCAAAAAAAAUCCGAACCUGUUGCUCCUAAAAGGUACACAAUUCGAGUGCGGUUCCCAGACCAGAAACUCCUUGAUAUUUUAUUGGAGGACUCAUCCGUUGCUCUUGGUCAACUAUUCAAAAGACUUGACACAUACGUCCGCCCAGAGUUUAUCAAUAGCUAUGUGUUAAAAAGUGGCUCUCCCCCGUUUACUAGAAUUGAAAUGGGGUUUUCUCAGAAUAAUGUGCCACUACUGAGCCAUCCACAAUUUCAACAGGAGAGACUUCUCUUGGUGUGGGAGCCGGCUGCAAAAAUGGUAUCUGGUCCAUACCUCAACGAGAGUUUAGAAGCGAAGGAUAUCGAAGAAAUGCCUUCAGUAGCAAUUGAAACCCACAGAAAGAACCUCAUCGAAGAACUAGCCCACGCACCAGAAGCACCCUCCACCAAAUUUGCGCAUAGAUCUGAAAAGCGGGCCGGUGUACCAAAAUGGUUCCGUCCCUGA